ACCUACACUUCUCAUAAGAAAACACAUUUAACUAGAUAUCAAAUCUGAUAUGUGUGCGUGCGUUCACAAUAUAUAAAUAUGAGUUAAAUAGUUAAAUUGAAUUAGUGGAUAAAAAGGGCACGCACCCAUCAAUGGGAUAGCGUUAACAUAUAAUAAAUGGAUAAAAAUGCUAUCUGCAGCCGCCGCUGCUUUUUGUGCAAGAGAGAAAAAUCGUUCUUGUUCACCACUGCCACACUCCUCAGUGACAGUAUCGUCGUCCUUCUGCCAUCGCCAUCGCCGCCGUCGUCGUCUUCUGCCCCUGCCUUUGCCCCUGUCCGUUCCUUUGCUCUACGCACGCAUCGAUUUGGGAUAAACGUUAGAUACCACCUAACGCAGUUGUUAGAGUGGAAAAAAAUAAUAAGUACAUAACAAAUAAAUCAAAUGCAAUGCUCUGCGAUGUAUUUUUUGAGAACAAAUUAAAUUAAAAUAUACGGUCCAAGUGGGCUGGACGCCAUACGGAGGGAAACGAAUUAAAGUGCAAUACAACACUGGGGCAUGGACAAAAUAAAACGGAAUCACACAAGCCUAAAUCGAAACAAAAAAAUUGAAACAGAAGGCGUCACAUGCAGUUGUUUUUAAAUCAUAAAACGUAAACGGAAAUAGUAAUAUAAGUUUGUGCAGCGAAUUGGUUAGUGGCUUCCUAAUGAAGACAAUGUCCCGCUUCGGCCUGCGCCGGGGCUUUAAGUUGUCGGAGGAGCAGGUCACUGGCAAGAAUCCAAUUGGACCAAUAGCGGCAAUAAGACCGUCGCAAGCAGGUCUAUCCGGACGAAAGAAACGCCAGCACAGGCAUGAACCAGACGAAGAGGAAGCAGAGCAGCAACAGCAAAAGUCACUGCCACUGGAAGGGGAACAGGAACACGAAAAGGUGCCAAGGGCUCAGCAACAACCGUCUCUGAUCUGUAGAUUACCCCUAGAGCGUUUACCCCGUCUGGUGGAGAGGCUUCAGCUUCCCAUAGAGGAGCAGCCACGGGAAAGAGACCUUGACCUUAAUUUUGGCCCCGGUUCGGGGUCGGGGUCCGGCCCAAAAAAAGUCUUGUGUUUGUACUGUGAUAGAAAGUUCGCCUCUGGCAAGCUGCAGGGCAAGCACGUGGAGAAGUUCCACACGGAGCGACAGGAGAGACGCUGCAGCAGUCGCUCCACCAGCAGCUCCGGGAGCUGCCAUCCGAACGGAGGAUUUCCAGGAUGCCAGCACUGCUCAGGCAACAGGAAGCAUUCGAUGCUGCCACAGAUCUGUCUGCCCGUCAAGCAUCUGGAUCAGUUGUUCUUCCAUCUCAUUCAGAUGCACUCAGACAAGUACUUUGGCUGCCACCCGUGCCGACUGCGCUUUCAAGACGCCGACCAGCUAACCGAACACCGUCGACACCACCACCAGCUCGAGGAGUCACAAUCGCCAAAGCCCGGACUGAUGGGAGCCGACGAGCCGGUGCUGUUCCGCCUUGGUCUCACUCAGAACCGAUUGCCCAGUCAUCGCAAUAGGCAACGGCGAGCAGGGGAAGACGAGCAGCCGCCCCUGGCCAUGCCCCACAAGUCAAGGAGCAGCAGUCGGACGGCAGCCCAGCGACAGCACCAACAGCAUAUGCCGGCAACUACCAUUCAGCCCGUGGGACAAGGCCAUGGGCAAGCCCAUCCGGAUGAGUCUCCUGAUUCUGUCUUCCGGCAGCCCAGCUCCUCAGCCUGUGUUGCAAUCAGCUCCAGUUGUAACACCAGCAACAGCGCUAGCUCGCAUGUGUUCGAUGAAAACUUUUACAAGGACGUCAUCCUGAAUGUCCAACAGAAUCUGCAGAACUAUCUCGAUGGACAGCUCUUCACGCCCCCCAUAACGUCAGCAUCAAUCUCAACCUCAAGAAGCUCCUCUGGCUGUGGCUUUGACUAUGGCUCCACAUCUACAGCCACUGCCACAAUCACAUCCGAUCUGGUCAUGCUGCAUGGUACUAGUCAAAUGAGCCACGCUAGUGCCUACCCAACUCUACUGACAUCGGAACAAUUCGGCUCAACGGCAGAGCUUCUGCCCCCGGCAAAGUUUCGGCGCCGGCCCCACACGAAGCACAGCUGGAAGUGGAAGUGGGACUAUGUGAAGAAAUUCACCAUCAUCAACGAGGGCGGGCGGCUGGUAAAGAAACUUAAGCAGCCCACCUUCCUUGGCCUGCGCGAUCUCUCAAAGCUGGAUAUGUGGACGCAGCUGACCAUGCGCCAGAAGCAUGAUGUCUCUCUCGCCAUCGCCCGCACCAGCAAUGGUGGCGUUGGCGGUGGGGGUGCGUGCAUUGAUGGGGAUGCUGGAAAUCACAUGCAAAUGGAGCAGCAGCGUCUGCUCGAGCAGCUUAAUCUUAUUCUUGACCAUCGUCUCCUACCGCACAUCAUCCUCGAGCAGAACGAACAGGCGAUAAUCAAGUGCGAGAACGAGGAGGAUGCCAAGCUGGAGAACUACGGAAGUGUCCAGGGUGUCAAGGAUGAUCUGCUGGACCAGAACUUCGCCGACGAGAGUUUUCUCUCUCUGCUUCAGCUGCAGCCUAGCCAAGGGGCCAGCCUGGAAAGGAUCAGGGAACGGGAGCAGGACCAGGACAACAUGACAUUGUCCUCUUUGGUGCUAAGUGGAGAAUGGGCGCGACCACGUCUCUAUCUGUGCAUAUGCUGCGGGGCCAAGUUUGACAAGCGAAAAUCGCUGGAGGAGCACAAGACGUUCCGUCACUCGCACAUCUAUGCCACGCACUACGAGGUGGUUGGCAGGGAGCUGCUGGCGGGGAACCUGCUGCGCCAUCUAUUCAUACCUAAACGGGCCCUGGGCCGGUUCGCGGCGGAUAGCAACUGUAUUCGCUGGCCGCAGCACAAGCAGGAGGAGCGUGUCCAACACGAGGAAGAGAACACCUCUUCGUCCACUUCUUCCAGGUCGUCGUUCGAGGCUUCCACACCGACGCCGACGCCCAUGUCGGGUCUGGAACAGCAGCAGGCAUCUCCCGCGUCCGGGACAGGGACGACCUCUUCCUCGUCUUGUUCGCUAAGCUCAUCCUCUACAUCCACCUCUAACUCCCAUUCCCAUUCUACCUCCACUUGCAACACAGCUAACACAUCGUCGACGCUUUCAUCUUUUUCUCCUCCGUCGAGCUGCACAAAGUGCGGACGGAAGUGCAGCGGCCUUAUGGAUCUCUACCGCCACAUGCUGGACUGCUCUGGCGACUACAUCUGGUCGCUGGCCAAGAAGCGAAAAUAUCGUUACUACUGCGGUACCAAGAAGCGUCGCCCCUGCUCAAAGAAGCCGCUAAGACAGUUGCCCAACCGGAAGAAGCUUGAGGACUCUCUGGAUGCCGAGGGAGAGGCUGAGAACGAGAAUGAGGACGAUGGCGAGGAGGAGGGCGAGGGAGAUGUCGAGUGCGAGGAGAGUGCCUCCAAUUCAUCGAAGAUUAAGAACUCCCCCCGUCAGAGACCCAGUGAUGCUGAGUCCAUACGCAAAAUGCUGGAGAACUUGCCACCCAAGCGCGUCUGCAAGAAGAUAUUCCCCGUGGACAACAAGGCCAAGCGCAAGUCGAAGAACAAGUCGAAGUCUAUGUCGAAACAGCAGAGGAGCACAAAGAAGAUAUACAAUCAGCACCUCCUUCGCAACACACGGUCCUCGGUGGUGGCUGCCGCCUCCGCCCUUGCAGUGUCAGCAGGGCAACAGAAGCGCUGCCGACGCAAAAAACAGAAAAUACUGCAGAAAAAGCAGAAAGUAAAGUCCGAAUUGGUCGCCAAGGGAGAACGCAGAUCAGAGAACAAAUCCCCCCCUGCAUUGUUAGUCGUUGAGUCAGAGCCGCAGGGUCAGACAGAACCGCAGGCCCAUUCGCAGCCACAGACGCAGCCGGAGGUAAAGCCACAAGCCACAUUCCCGGUCAAUUUGAGAUCUCCCGUUGAGCUUAAGCCAGCGCUGGCUGUUCCUCAAGCUGUGGAUCCCGAUACAGCACCAACAGGUGGAGAGCUUCCUCCACCCACAGCAUCCAGCAAAGAGCUGGAGCUGGAACGGUGCACAAGACAGCGGCGAGAGCAACGGGAAGCUGCCUCGUCCACGGCCAGCAAGCCGCCGAUGCUCACGCCGCCGACCACUCCUGUUCUUUCUGUUGCUGCUCCUCCUGCUCCUGCUCCUGCCACGGCCAACAAGUCCUCGCCAGUUGCUCCCAGACUCUCGGUUAGCAUUCGACAGCCCAGUUCAAUUGCAGGGGUGAAGCGCAGCAAGAGGAUUAGUGACUGCAUUGCCAUGCUCACUGGGAAGCUAGAGGAAAAGAUGAAGACUGAGCAGGUGACGCCAGCAUCACCGCUCCCGCCACGGCCACCGCCGCCAAUUCUCGAAAAAGAGGAGGAGCAAGACUGCAAUAUGCAUACAGAGACGACGCUUCCCCCGAAAGCUGAUGCAGGGAGAGAGCUACUGGAGGCCAAAACGCCCAAGCGGAAGGCUAUGUCCAGGCGCAUCAUCAAGUUGGAUGCAGCAAUGGGGCCCAAGCCCGAUGCAGGGCCAGUCUCCGAGCCUCUGGAAAGGCAAUAUGCUGAAGCUUCAGAACUAGUCGCGCCUGCACUUCCUAUCCGUGUGCUUUCUACUUUCGCUCCGGCUGCUGAUGUUUCCAUUGUUCCCGUUGCUUCCACCCUGGUGCUUCUAGCAUCCUCUGCACUUCCCGCCACUCCGGUGCGAACCCCCACCAAAGCAGCAAGCAAGCAGUUGGCAGCCCCAUCCCCGACGGUGGCUGCCUUAAAGCUAUAUCCAUCGGAACAACCACAACCACAAGCAAAACCAUUGACCGCGCCGGUACCCGUGCCUGUUCCCAUGCCCCUCGGACUGCAGGGGAUGGGAGCAUCGUUGGCAGGUCCGUGUCCGUGUCCGUUUCCGGGUUCGGUUUCAGUGCAUGGUAACAUGAACCUGCUGCCGAAGCUCCCCUUGUAUCUUCCACACGCACAGCUCCAUCCGCAUGCCAAUCAAAAUCAAAAUUCAAAUCCGAACGUUAAUUCCACCAUGUACGUGAUGGAGCCGCAGCCCCUGAACCUGACCAGCCAACGCGGAUGCCUCCAGAAGCCAAUACUGCCAAGCACCGAACGUGACGAUUUACAGACUGGACUGCAUCACGGACGAUCGAGUGGAAUGCCGGCCCGGAGGCAGACUAUUUGCGGAUUUGAGGCCCGCAACGUGCUCGGCCUGGAGAUGGACAUGGAGCCGCUCGACUUGUCCAAGAAGUCAGCGAGGAAAUCGUCACCAGGUCCGGUUGCGGCUCCAAUGAGAGUCCCCCAGGAGAUGUCAAUGCCAACGCCAAAGGCAAUGCCGAUGCCGAUGCAGAUUCCAAUUCAAAUGCCGAUGCCUAUGCCGCUUCCCUUGGGACCAGCUGCUGCCGUAUCAUCCGCUGCACUGCAAGGCCUUCCAGUAAAUCUUCUAGGGCCAGGUCCAGGGCCACGUGCAGGUGCAUGUGCACGUACAGGUACAGUUCAUGCAACGGUUUCAUUGUCUUCGCACUAUUACUCCAACCUGGACCUACUCAAGAUACCCCAAGUGCGCAAUCCUGGGACUGGGACUACGCCGGUGACAAGAACCGGCAGUGUGGUUUCCCCAUCCAAUGUGAGCCUCUGUAGCGCUUCCGCUAUCCCCGUACAUCUGCCAAAAUCAGCAGGUGGAAAGAAACGCUCGGCGGAGGCGUCGGUCGGCAAGAAGGAGAACAGCGGCAAGGGGAUGCCAAAGGGAUGCCUGCGCAUGGAUGAGGUGGUCAACAAUCACAUUGACGACGCCAUCAAUUCGGUCAUAUUGGCAGUCCAAGCCGGUCUGCCUGACGACGAUGACAAGGAAAAGGAGAAAGAAAGGGAAAAGGAAAAGGAGAGGCAGAAGCAAACGAAUUUCAAUCUGCUACCAAAAGUUGUUCAUCCGCCGAGGCCGAUAAACUCCAUCGUUGCCACAGCAGCAGUCCCAGCGACAGCCACUGCCACAGCCACUGCCACAGCCACCGCCACAGCAACAGCUGCGGUCACAGCGGCAGGCACCGACACAACCACCGCAGGUGUCAUGCUAUUUACCCCGAUCUUGAUGGGGGAAAAGAUUGUGGCUAGCUCAUCCGACACAGCAGUCCCACCCCAGACAACGACACCAGCGAAAACCCUGCUGACGCCAAAAAAGCGUUCCAUGCGCUCGAAGACCAUCGACUGUCGCUCCGCGCUGAUCGCUAUUGAGGAGCUCUCAGUUGACCCACGACUGCAGUGCCAUCAGCUUCAGUCAAAGCCGCCAGUGAACGGAGAGGCGAAGACAGACGCGCACCUGCCUGGAGUUCAUUCGAUGGCUCCCGUGGCCGCAGCACAGGUACCAGCUCAGCCGCUGUCGACUGUGGUGGAACUUCCUCCAGUGGACUGUGUAAAUGAACAAACGGUGGAGCUCGAUAUGCAGCUGCAGCCAGAGCCGGAGCUAGAGCUGCCUGCUCGGUCAGCUCCAGAACCCUUUGCGCUUGUAGAGACGCUUCCAUUGUCGGCUCCUUCUGUGACUGUGUCCGUGAUUUCCGUUGCGCCUGCACUGCCUCCGAGCAUGGCUGUGGCUGUGGCUGUGACGCCAACCCCCACGGUCGAGACGAACUGCAGCUCGCUGCUCGAGGAGCACAGCAGCAACAUGAACAACAAUACCUCCUCGGGCUUCCACAGUCUGGCGCAGUCCGAACUGCCCAGUGUCCAGGAUCAGUCGGUCACGGCGGCGAGCCAUCUGGAAGCGACAGAAGAGCUGGGCGCGAAGGAGAAGGAUCAGGGGCAGGAGGAUCAGGAGCAGGAGGUAAAGCAGCGAGUGGUGGAGGAGCACGUGCCCGUCACCAAGAAGAAGCAGCGUCGCCGCAGAAAGAACGAGCUGGCAGCUAUUGUGGCCGACCAACUGCUGGAGAGCUUUAAGAUCGACAACGCCCGUCGAGACAACCUCAAGAAGCUGGAGAACUUGGCAUACGAGAAGAGCGAGGAUCUGCUGCUGACAGGCAUGCUGCUUAUGUCCAGCACGAAGCGGAACGCAGCCAUGGCCCCCUCCUCCAACUCCACAUCCUCAUCAAAGCUAUCCCGGAACUUUACUGUGAAAGAGGCGGCAGAGGCGACUUCGGUGCCUCCUGUCCGAGGGCGACCGAAGCGGCGACAGAGCUGUUACUACCGCAGCCGUGGGAAAGCUGCGGGCGGAAAGGCGACAAACGAGAACAUCAGCAUGCUCAAGUCGACAUUGGAGUCCUUCUCCAUUGGGAUCGAAAAACAGCUACUGGCCAAGGAGGCCAAGGGGGCGAUGGAGGCAGCCAAAGAUACGGCAGCCCUGCCGGCAGUAACGACCGCCGGCCAGCCGUCGGCAUCCUCCAUAUUACGGCCGAGCAUUCUGAGCAGCGCCGCCAAGAAGCAAAUGUACCAAAAGCGGAAGGCGGAGCUAGAACUAGAAGUGGAACUGGAGAAAGAGAGGGAGAGGACAACUGCUGCAGCGGCGGCCACCUUCAGUCGCGAUCCUCGCCUAAAUAAAAACAUACACAAGGAGCAGCCAGAGCAUGGACAGCUCUCAAUCAGGUCCCCAGCACCUAGACCAAACGUGCCAUCGGCGGGAGAUAAUGAUAACGCUGAGGAGGAGGACAACUACCUCACGGAGAUAGCGAAAAACGUGAACGAGAAGAUCAUGUCGGCCACCACCAACGAAGACUUCGAGUUUGCCCACGACAAGUUCGACCAGGGGGAGCAGGAGGCCGGCAUGGAUUUGGAUCCAGACCAGGACAAGUUCUAUCGGCCCCCCACGUCCAUGAGUGUGCGCAGUGCGCCCAACCUGAACGAUGAGCACUCAAACUUCGGCUCCAUGUGCGACGAGAACACGAACACGGAACUCAUGGACAUGGACCUGGACGACGAGAUGAGCGUUUACACCAGCUACUCGCAGGACCUGGGUCGCAUCGGGCGUGGUCGGCGGCGCCGAAGACGUCGCAGCGUCCUUCUCACCCGGCCCAAGAAGCGCACACAGCGGAGCCACGUCGAUGCCGAAAAGUACUCGUGCUCCCUGUGCGGCAAAUCCUUCUUUACGGCCACUUCUCUGUCCAAACACAAUAUGACCCUGGCCCACGUAUCCAAGCUCUCCGAACAGGAGUACAUUCAGUCCCAGACGGCGCCAUCGAGUCCACGCGACCUUGCGGUACAGCUGGACCUGGGGCUUGAGCUAGGGCCGGGGCAGAAGCAGGGGCUUGGCUACGGGGAUAAGAAAACACAAAUGAGCCAGCAAGCGACGAUGACGACGACGACGAAAACAACGACAACGACAGAACAGAUUCGUGCCUCGGUCCUGAUGCCGCGCUCUCAAAUUAUCCCUCAGGUGGAGCACCAGCAGCAACAUCAACAUCAACAGCAACAGCCACAGCAACACCAUCAGCAACAACAGCAGCAGCAGUUGAAUCAGCAAGUGCAUCAUGUCAUCACUGAGGCCAGUCUGCGGCUACACGACAACCAGCAGAGUCCGCCGGGAACUUCCGCCGCCCGCCUCAAUCUGAACCCAGACGAGCGGCUCUUCUACGAAUGCUGCAACAUCCUCAAGAGUGCCAAGACGCCUCGCCUGUCCAGCUCCACCACAGCAGCCGCUGUUACAACUUCAGCUCAACCAACCACAAGCUCCGCGCUGGCCACGACGUCCGUGAUCGUUACUGCCGGGCGCAAACAGCUGCACCCGCCUCCGCCACCUGCGUCGGCUCCGGCUCCGCCUUCGCUAUCGCCUCAAGCCUCGCCCUCUCUGUCUCUUUCUCUGUCGCAUCCAGCUUCACCAUCGCCAGCGCCACCUUCGUCUCGGACGCCUCCUCCGCAUCCGUUUCCGGCUUCGCAUGGUGUAGAAAGAAUGCCAGGAGAAGCUGCACCCACUGUCUGCCAUCAACUAGUCAUCCAGCAGCUGUUCCGCAAUCCACCCGCUGCCACACCCACAACAACCCCGAUCAGAAACCACAAUCGGAUGUCGCCCAGCUACUCGGCCAUCUCGCAGUUUUCGGCGACCACCUCGCGGUUCAAGACGAAGGCCGCCAUGAAGGGCUAUGAGAACGUCAAUCAGCAGAUGGACAUGGUAAACCUACAGCUGGCUAAGACCGGGCGUGGCGUCUGCAAGCUCACUGAGCUGGCGGACAUCGCCUUGGGCACUGAAAAGCCUGGCGGUGACUUCGUGCCGCAUCUUUCCCAAGGGAUUGUCCCAGGUACCAGUGCUCCAAUAGCAGCUGCCGCGCCGUCAGCCAGCCACCAGAAGCAGCAACAACCACAACCACCUCUACCCCAUCCCCAUCCACAUUCAGAGCCGACACAAACGCCAACGCCCACUGGUACGCAUACAGGCACUAGGACAACAACGACACCAACGCCGAUGCCAACGCCGACGCGGCCGGUGGAACAGCAGAGCUCGACUUCAUCAAAGACGAUGAUGCACGCGUCCAUCAUCAAAGCAUCCGCGGGAGUGGCCAGCUCGGCGACACUGCCGCCCGCCUGCGGUCGGAUCAUCAUACCGGAUCGUCCGUUCAAGAAUAUCGGACUGGAGGAGAAGGCCACCAUCAUGUUCCAGAAGCCGAAGACCUGCGUGAACCUGCUUCAAGAGCAGGACAACAACAGCGUUUCCACAGUCAGCUACUCGGACCGUGACGACUAUGACUUUGGCACUCUGAGUUGCGACGGCGACAUGGAGCCAGAGCAGGAGCCGAAACCAGGUGCGCGAUGUGUGGUCAGGACGGAGGAUGCAGCUCUUGUGGAGGUGCCGCCGGGCGCAGUGGAAAGGGCUGUGUCCUCGUCCAGCUCGUCGACGUCCUCACCCUCGUCGCAUGACAAUACCCGUAGCGGGAGCAGAAGCAGCAGCAGCUCCAGCCGAGCCACGGCCAAGACAUUCGAGAACAAAUCCUUAAUCAUGGGCCGCAUCUUCAAGCACGCCAGCACCAAGGCAGCAUCAGCAGUGGUAGCAACUCCUGUCCAGCAGCUCCCCAGUCCGAUGGAAGGACCGACGUUGACCAAGAUGAAGGCGUUGCCAAAGAACCAGGCAAACCUUGACCAGAUCUUCGAUGAGCUUAGAGGAGGAGGUGCGGCCAAGGCAUCAGAGGUGGAGUCCCCAGUGGGUAUGGCGAAUUGGGAUCGGGAUCAUCCCCAACCGCACACCCAUCCGCACCAUCAGAAGGAGCCCAUGGCAGCGCCGGCAGUUCCGACCGUUCCAGCAGCUAUGCCCGCUCCAAGUACAUUGCCGCGAAGCAGGUCUAAAAAGGCCAAAACAGGCCCACCAGCUAAUUCCCCCAUAAACAUUGUUAAGCCACCCGAAGCAUCGAUCUCGGCUUCGGUCUCUGCUACGGGCUCCACCCCAUCACUUUCUCGGAAGCCACGAAAGGAUCUGAGCAAGCUGCAGUCGGAGCUGGGAAUGAGCCCGGAGGAGAUCGAGCAGCUGAUCGAUGAGGGGCAGCGCAAGUCGAAGCGCCGCUGCGCAACCAACCGUCCCAAGAAGCUGGUGGAGACGUGGAGCUCUGACGAGUACGAGGAGUUCCUGUCCACCAAGGACAUCAUAGCCCUCAUCGAGGAAAAGGAACAGCAGGAGCAGCGUCGCAAACGCAAAACCAGCGAAGCAAACGCCAACCAUCUACAGCCAAUUUGGUCGCCAGCGGCAUCCAAAAAGACCCCAACGCCCUCUGUGAUUGCCCGGCGGAAGAAAAGCGCCACAAAGAAGAAACCGCCGGUGCCUGUGCCGGUGCCGGUGUCAAUGCCAGUGCCAGUACUGAAUCGUCCAAAGACGGCGACUACAGCUAGGGCACGGCAGCGAGCCAACCCGAAUCCUCGGUCCGACCCUGCACCAGAGCCGCCUCCAAAAUCUAAAUCAAAAUCCAAAUCGAAAGCUCCCACCAAGGUUAAGACUCCAACAGCGAAGUCAGCUGGCACCAGUAAAAGACAUGGCAACGAUAUAGAGAGCGAGAGGGAUAUGUUGGUGGAGUCCAAAACAGAGACCUCGGCUAGGACGCGUAGCUCCAGACAGCAGACCAAGUACAGGCCACCGCCACCGGCGGGAGCCCUCGAAGUUCCUUUAGGGGAAGACGCAUCUCAGCGGCAGCCGAAGUCGCAGGCGCAACCCUUCACAAUGUCACCUACUCAGCGGACUAAGUCGCGCAGCAGCAGCUAUAGUAUAGCACCACCUCCUCCUCCUCCUCCUGCUGUGCCGGGAGCCAGAAGUAGUUCCUCCUCCACCGCCACAACCAAUAGCAACAACAACAACAACAACAAUAGCAUCAGCAGCAACAAGAAUCUGAAGACGAAGCGGAAAUCACAGACGAACAGACAGUCGCCACCAAGACGCAAGCGACCAGCGAGCGAGAAGCAAUUAUACUACUGGAGCAGCUCCAGCGACGACGAGUUCGGUCGUGUGAAGGCCGAUGGUGAGCCAGAUGCAGCGGUACUGAGGGAACAACAAAAGCAGGGGCGACAGAAUCCAGAGCCGCUGGCGGGGAAGCAUUUUGAAGAGAGCGAGCAAUACCAGAAGCACGGGUGGAUAGUGGGCGACUCGCACAAGAAGCUGGUCAAGCUGCUGGCCAUAGCCAAGGGCAGUAAAAAGGUCGAAAACUGCGGUGUGAAGCGUCGCACGCCCAAGCGCAAAUGCUAGAAGCUAAAGCGCAAACACAAGCGGGAGCGGCUCCCAUACUGCCAUUAUGUCGUCGUUCAUCGCAGAACAUCACCAUCUCCUCUCCCUUCUCUUUUUGGCAGGACCUCCUCUGUAACUGUAUGCGGGGUAUAUACAAAAUAUUUUUUCUUUAUUUUAAACAUCUAAGCGUUACAUAAUUUAGGUUUUUUUUUAUUAAAUGUAUUUAUAAUUAAUAAAACAAA